AUCAAUGAUUCCGGAUUAGUAGGUAAUGUUGUAGCUGAUGUCCCGAAUACAAAAACAGCAACAACUUCAUCGACAAAUAAAUGUGAAUUUUGGCUUGUGUCAAAUGAAGGAAAUUUAACCAGUUUUGGCGAUCCAUCUCAAAGUGUUAAUUGUGUUUAUCGCAUUACACCGCUUAAUCCAACUGUAUGCAGUGUUGAAUUACAUUUCAAUGAUUUUGAUGUGACCGAUAUGCGUAGUGAACAGAAACAUAAAGAUGCUGAACAAAGACAAGCAGUGGAAAAAGAAUUUGCACAAUUAUCAGCCAAUCGUAAUAGCUGCGUAGAUAAUUAUCUUGAAUUUAAUAACCGGAAACGUUAUUGCCACCGUGAUUGGAAUAAUCGUAUGGAUGUGGUUGAUAUUGAUCCGAAUUAUGAAAAAGAUUUUGUUUUUAGACUUGUGCUUGAUAGAGUUGUACAUUCGAGCGGUUUCAACAUUAAAUAUAAACCGUUAUUUGAUACCUGUGAUAAAUUGACGGCAAAAAAAUUGGAGAAAUCGAAAGACGAGAAUUCUAAUACCAAUAAUAAUAAUAAUGAUCAUUCAAUAGUGGAUCCAGUGGAAAUGUUGGCAUCAAGUUUACCGAGUUCAAGUUAUUGUGAAAAACGACAUACUGAAAUGGAAUUUGAGAUUAAAAGUGCUAAUUAUCCAAAAAAUUAUAGUAAUAAUCUUGAUUGUGUACAUUAUGUUAUCAGGAAAUCGGAAAAUGUAUGCGGCUUAGAAUUGAAAUUUAUUCAUUUUGAUAUUGAAGAAUCUGAAGGAUGUGCAUAUGAUUUUUUUGAAAUUGAUGGUGAAAAUUUCUGUGGCCGUCUACCGAAUGGUUCAAGAAAUAUUUUCCAUUUUGAUACGGCUGUCAAAUCGAUCUCAUUUCAAACUGACAGCCAAGUGAAUGGGCCUGGUUUUCAUAUCAAAAUACGACAGAUAAAUGAUUGUCGAAAUGCAUUUAUGCCAAUUGAAACACCUGCACCAGCAUCGGGUAAUAUUCGUGGUGGUAAUCAAGGUCGACAACAAAAAUGCAGUAUUUUAUGGCAUGAACGUGAAGGAAAGCUGAGUACAUUGAAAUAUCCGGACCCAUAUCCAAACGAUUUACUUUGUGCCUAUACUAUUGAACGGAAUCCACAUGGCCAUUAUUGUAGUAUUGAAAUGAAUUUUAUUGAUUUUGAUCUACAAAAUACUCGUGAUUGUAGUGGUGAUUUUUUCGAAAUUCAAAAUGAACGUUAUUGUGGCCAUUCAUUACGAAAUGAACGGAAAAUAAUCCCAUUCAAUCCAGAUGGUUAUAUAAGAUUUCUAUUCAAAAGUGACAGCACAGAAAAUGGACAAGGGUUCUUAUUGAAUUAUACACAAAUACCAUGUACCAAACAAAUGGAAGAUAAUGUUGUCAUGAUGAAUCCAGCAGAAUCAUUGUCGAAAAUGAUGCAUGAUGAAAACAGUAUUCAUACGGAACCAUGUGUAAAAAUAUAUCGAGAUAAAAAAUUUGAUCUUAUUAGCGAUACAAUUGAUGGACAUUAUAAGGAUAAUCAAAAUUGCCAUUUUACAAUUAAAAAAUAUUCAGAUAAAGUUUGCUAUCUAGAAAUGCAUUUCAAAAUGUUCGAUCUAGAAGCCAGCCAAGAUUGUCAAUAUGAUUAUAUGGAGAUUGGCAGUGCCGUACGUCUGUGUGGAACACUAAAUCAAGAAACAAGUCGUAUCUAUGUGUUUGAUAAACCAGAAAUGAUUAUAAAUUUUCAUACAGAUUCAACGAAUGAACGUAAAGGUUAUCGGAUACAUACCGAACAGCUUGAAUGUCAAGGUGAUCGUAUUAUUCGUGAACAUUAUGAUCAUCAUCAUCAUCAUCAUCAUCAUGAAGAACCGAAUGAAGGUCUACAAAGUUUAGAACAAUAUAAAUUCGAACAACAACAACAUUAUAUACAACCAACAAAUGAUACACAAUUAUUACAGCAGCAAGAAAAUUUCGUUCAUCAAACAUCGGAAUUUGAUCCAACAAUUCCCGAGUGGAAAUAUUUGCAAAAUCCAAGCAGCAGCAGUAGUAGUAGUCUUCUUUGUUCAAAAACAUUUCGACAAAAAGAAUUUUUUAUUGAUAGUCCCAACUUUCCUGAUAAUUAUCCACCAGAUCUAGAUUGUCUUUUCAUGAUCGUACCGUAUAGCUUGGAUGUUUGUAAAAUUGAAAUCAAUUUCGAUUCAUUCGAAUUACAACCAUAUGAUUUUGAGAAAAAUUGUCUUAAAUCGGAUUUUCUUGAUUUUGAUAAUAAGGAACAAUUUUGUGGAAAAAUGACCGAAACACAAUCACGAAUCUAUUCAUUUCGUAGGAAUGAAACAUUUUUUAUUCAUUUUCAUUCAGAUUCUUUUCGUACAUCAUUUGACAAAGGGUUUAGACUAUAUGUUCGUCAAAUAGAAUGUUCAUCAUUAUUGAAUCAACCGAAUAAAUUACCGGUUAAGCAACAAAAACCACAACAACGACAGAAUCAUUGUAGCCGAAUAUUAAUGAGUUCAUCAUUCGAUAUACAAAGUCCACUAUAUCCAUCACCAUAUCCAUCAAAUUCAUAUUGUGAUUAUCGCAUAGUGAAAUUUAAAGCACCCGGUGUGAAUGUCUGUUUUCUUGAAGUUCAUUUCAUCGAAUUUGAUCUACAAUCAAGUACUGAUUGUAAUAAGGAUUAUGUAAGCUUCAACGGUAUUAAACAAUGUGGAUCGAUAGCGAAAGAUAGUGUGCGGCUAUUUCCAUUUUAUGAUAAUGAAUUUACGAUAAGCUUUUUUGCUGAUCCAUUGGUUAGUGGUCGUGGAUUUUUUCUUAAAAUUCGUCAAAAUGAAUGUCCACAAACCGGCCACAAUGAUCAUGGUGCUAAACGUAUAAUAAAACCACCACCAUCAUCAUCAUCAUCAUCAUCAUCAUUAAUAAUGAAAGAUGAUCCAUUUUCACCAUAUCAAAUCUAUCAUGCUAACCAAAUAUGUCAACAAACAUUUGGUUCGACAUAUUUUGAAUUUGAAAGUCCCAAUUAUCCACAAUAUUAUUUGCCUAGCCUCAGCUGUGUUUACACCAUACAACGGCGCCAUAGUCGUUUUUGUAAACUGGAAUUAUAUUUUACCGAUUUCGAUAUUGAACCAUCGACAAAAUGUACAGAAGAUUAUUUAAUUAUUGAUAAUGUUAAAUAUUGUAAUACGAAUCGACCCGAAUCAAUUAUGCAGAUACCAUUUUAUGAACCGGAAAAACGAAUUUAUUUUCGUAGUGUUUUAUUUCGGCCACGUAAAGGAUUUAUGAUACAAGCACGUCAAAUUGAUUGUGAUACAUUGAUUUUGGAACCAAAAAAUUAUGAUGUAAAACAAAAUCGACAACAAUUACCAAUUUCAAGUUCAUCAGCUGAUAUUAAUAGUAAUAAGUUUAUAUUUUUACCAUCAUUACCAUCGAUUUGUGAGAUUUGUGUGACUGAAGUGACUGGCAAUAUUCAAUCAUAUGAUUAUCCAAAUUUUUAUCCACCAAAUGUUAAUUGUACAUAUCGUAUAACACCAUUACCAGAUAAUUGUAUGGUUCAAUUACGUUUUGUUGAAUUUGAUUUCGAUUAUUCACCUGAAUGUAAUCAGGAUUAUUUAGAAAUCAAUGGUAUACGUUAUUGUGGCCAUCAAUUGAAAGAUGUUUCAAUGAUUUUGAUGAAUAAACGAAAAGAUGAUUUGACCAUACGUAUGGUGACCAGCAGUCGUGGAGCUAUGGUCAAACCAUCAUUCAAAGGAUUCCGAGCAAGUUAUACACAAUUGCCGUGUUUAGAUACACAAACACCAUCGCCAUCAAUAUCGAAUCAGAUACCUCAUAUUCAACCGGCAACCAAAUCUAUUGCUGUAGAAAAUCCACAAACACUGCAUCCAAUACCAACACCGAUAAUUGUCCACAAUGAAGCCAUUUAUUGUGAUCAAACAUUUGAUGAUAAAAUGUUUGAAAUCAAAUCACCUGGUUAUCCAUAUCGUUAUUUUGAUGGUUUAGAUUGUUCAUAUCUGAUACGGAAAAAUAGUGCCAAUGUUUGCCGAUUAAAAGUUACAUUCACAUAUUUCAAUGUAGUUGGCGAAGAUGGUAAUUGUCGUGGUGAUUAUCUAGAUAUUUUCAGUACACGUUUCUGUGGUAUUUUGGAUCGAUAUACAUCUAAGGAGAUACCAUUUUUACAGGAAAAACUUUUAUUACAUUUCCAUACGAAUCAACAACAAACGGCCAAUGGAUUUCAUUUGGCAUUAGAACAAGUGGAUUGCAUUCCCGGCAGGCCAGCUAUGCCACAUCAAAAACAUUCAAAAACAACAACCGAUGAGCAGAAAUCCAUAACUGAUUAUUCUGGUUCGAAAACUAAUCCGAAAAAAUUAAAAUCACCAAAUCGAAAACCAAUAAUGACUAAAAAUCCAUUCGAUUAUGAUGAUGAUGAAAUAAUCGAAUUCGAUACCAGAAAUAAAGCUACAAUGGAAGUUGAACCACAUGUUAUAUAUGAAGAUUCAAAUAAACCAAAUCCAACAACAUUUCCAACACAGCAACGUGAAGAACAGCAACGUAAAAUUCCAAUACGAUAUUAUAGUAGAAAUAUAACAGUGAUUAAUGAAGAUAAACCAAAAAUACAGCCAUUGUCAAUGAUGAUGAUGACGACAACAUCUAGACCAUCACAACAACGUCAUUUAGAUGAUGGACAUGAUUAUAUAACGGUGACAACGGCACCAAUGACACAACAACCACAACAACAACAACAACAAAAAUAUGAUCCACCUAAUACACAGAAACUAUGUGAACAAACGUUUGUGGAUAAAAUCUUUUUCGAAUUAAAAAGUACAGAUCUACAAAUGACAAGAAUGAAUGGUGGUGGUGCCAUAUGUCAUCUACAUAUACGAAAAGCAAAAACAAACGUUUGUCAAUUGGACAUAAUGUUUAUGAAAUAUAAUCUCAAUGAUAGUAGCUGUGGUCAUCAAUAUCUAUCGGUUGAUGGUGAAAAAAUCUGUGGACAUAUUCAUGAAACAACGACAAAAAGAUUCUGGUUUCAACGACCAGAACUUUAUCUAUUUGCCAAUCUAAUGGAUAUUGGUCCAAUCGAUGAUGAUACAUUUGAAAUUAAAGUACGACAAGUUGAAUGUGCUACUAAUGUUGAUCAUGGUCAUCAUCAUCCAUCAUCACGGCCAAUGCAAAGACAAAAUGAAAAUUCAGAUAAUCAUUUUCCGAUAAAAGGACAACAACAAUCAAUAAAAAGUCGAUUUAAACAAGUCAGCGAUAUUGCACAACAAAUCGAUGAACAACAAUUAUACGAUAAUCGUCAUCAUCAUCAUUAUAAUGACAACAACAACAAUAAUAAUAAACCAAAUGAAUACAAAAUGCAAACAUAUGAGAUGAAACAGUUUCGAAUACCAAUGAUUGAACAACAACAUAAUCAUCCGAUGGAUGCUGAUACAAAUAGACCAGAACAACAGCAACAAAAGCCAUAUUCAUCAUCCGAAACAUCAUAUGAUCCAUAUUGUGAUCUGAUUGAAAAUGAAAUGAAUUUUCAGAUUGAAAGUCCACGUGAUGAUUCUACCAUCACUCGUUGCCGUUAUACGAUCCGUAAAGCUAACGAUAAUGUAUGCGCAAUCGAUUUAAAAUUUCAAAUGUUUCAAUUGAAUGAAGCAAUGAAAUGUGAACGAGAAUAUUUGGAAAUUGAUUCUAGUAGAAUAUGUGGAGCAUUCCCUGUUGGUCAUGAACGCCGUUAUCAUUUUAUGCCGAAUGAAUAUGAGAAAGUUAUACAUUUUAUAUCGAGUAAAUCAUUAAAUACUCGCGGUGAUUUUCGAUUGGAUGUUAAACAGAUUGAUACUGAUUGUGACAAACCUACUCCAACACAAAAACCAACAUUGACUAUGCCCACUGUUUGUGAUAUAUCCGUACGAAAUUAUCGUGGCCAUAUUAAAAGUCCUAAUUAUCCAGCUCCAUAUGGUGACUAUACAAAAUGUGUGUAUAGAAUCCAAGCUAUUGGUCAUGAAUAUUGUAAUGUGAAACUUAGAAUUCGAGAUUUGGAUAUUGAAUUAUCAUCGUCGGAUAGCCAUGGAGGAACGGUUAAAUGUGAAAAAGAUUGGUUACAAGUGGAUACACAAAAAUUAUGUGGCAAUAAAAUGGAUGAACAAAAUGAAUAUACGAUACCAUUCGAAAUGCAUAAUGGACAUAAAGUUGCUCAGAUCAAAUUCACAUCCGAUGCAUUUGGUAAUGGACGAGGAUUUGAUAUUGAAUAUAAACAGGAAUUAUGUGUAUCGGAAAAAAUGAAAACAAAUCUAAUCAGUCCUGGACAGAAAGGAUUUAGGCCACCACAAAUAAAGCUGGUUAAAGGUGAUCCGUAUUCAUCAUCACCAUCAUCUGGUGGUUCUUCGCCAUCAUCAAUGCGUCCACAUUAUCCACCGAAUUAUGUAUCGAAAGCGCAUAUGCUCAAAACAAUGGAUCGUAAAGAAUUUAUCAAAAUGAUGUUGAUGGCUGAACAAGAGCAGAUGAAAAUGAAAAUCAAUCAAAAAGGAGCAACAGAAGAGCCAAAGAUAAACAUGUUGACAACGAUGAGCAGUUUAGACAAUGACGAUAACAUGACUAUGUCAUCGAUGAUAACAACGACCAUCAAUAGUAUACCAGAGAAUAUGGUCAUAUUCACAACAACGAUGUCAACGAAUUCAGAAGAUUCAACUGAAAAUUCUUCGAAUUCUUUGAUCACUACGGAACCAUCUGUUACAAUGGAUGAUGUUACUUUGUAAAUAUAAUAAUCGUAAAUUAUUCAAAUAUACAAAAUUUACAUGUUUUUAUUUCUUAA